AUAACAUUCUCGACAUGUUUGUGUACCUGCUCCCGAUGAUCGUGAGUACUAUUCAGCUAGCGAUUCCUCGAGAGGCAAACAGCAACCGACUGCUGAGUUUUGCGAUUAUUCUGAUCUACAUUCACUUUUCACCAUCAUUAUCAGCAUCAUGGUGCACGUGCCUUCCUUCUUCUUCAUCCUGGCUGUUUCUGUGCUUGCUUUCGCGCACUCGCUGCUUCAUCUCACUCAGACGAACUACCAAUCCAUCUGCCCGACACCAAGCAACGGCAACUACUCAGAAUCAUGCACCGAAGCAAAACCAGCGUUUCCGAGCCAGUACUUUGAUGCCGUGACAACGACCUAUUUCUUUAUUGUCGGCAAAUACGACGCUGUAACCGACAGCAUGGGCCAAGGGCAAGCGGCGGUGCAAAUUAUGGUCGCUCUUUUUGUCUUUCCGACGGCAAUUUUGAUGCUCAAUGUUGUAAUUGGUAAGUGUUUUCAUAGCAUCUCAAGUGUAUUCUAUUUGAUAGUCAAAUAUCCAUUUCUGACACUUCGAAACGCUUGCUUCUUUCCGUAGCGCUUAUGAACGCCGCCUAUGCCGCCGGUGCUGCUGAAGGACUUCUUGUCUGGCUGCGCAGCCGUAUUGAGGCUGU